ACUUAUCACGAUUUUUAUCUUGGGCCCGCGGCCGGGCCCUAACCCAACUACGUUGGGGUCUGUGCACAAAAAUUAUAUCCUAGCGAAUAUGUUAUCCGUACUAUUUAGGAUCUUGUAUUAAUUGUUGGUGUCUAACGAAAUUAGCCGAUUUCAAAAUGAGCAGCAAAGUAGUGAACGAGAGUAGUAUGUUCUAUAUGGACUUCUGUCCCAAUUGUUCCAACAUAUUACACUUGGACGAGUAUAUGGGUGAGGUGAGACAUAAAUGCCAAGUAUGCCCAUACUUCUCACCCAUCAAGAACGUUACACUAGCCUCUCGGUCGUUUUACAAACUGAAAGAGAUUGAUUCAGUCUUAGGAGGAAAAGCUGCUUGGGAAAAUGUAGAUUCAAUUGAUGUAGUUUGUAACUCAUGUAAUCAUGGUAGAGCAUACUUUUUACAAGUUCAAACUAGAUCAGCUGAUGAACCUAUGACUGUUUUCUACAAAUGUUGCAACUGUGGAAAUAGAUGGAGAGAAUAAACUUUUUACAAAAAAAAUUGAUAUUUAUUGAAUUUAAUGAAUGAAAAUGAAUAUUGAAAAAAGCUUGUAAAUAUUAUA